AUGGCACGACGUGGCACGGGGGACACGGAGGCCGUCGCCCGCCUCCAGGAGGACACCCGGUGCCUGGAGCUUGCCGGCCGCCCCCGGCGCCCCUCAUUGCCCCGUGACGCUGAUCGCAAGGACAGCCUGGCCUCGCUCUUCGGCGGUGACGAGGACGAGCAGGACGAAGGGCCCCCGGCCUCGGUGGCGGCAGUGGCACCCAGCGGCUACGAGAUCCCGGCGCGGCUGCGCACCCUGCACAACCUGGUGAUCCAGUACGCGGCGCAGGGCCGCUACGAGGUGGCUGUGCCCCUCUGCAAGCAGGCGCUUGAGGACCUGGAGAAGAGCUCGGGCCACCGCCACCCCGACGUGGCCACCUUGCUCAACAUCCUCGCCCUGGUGUACAGGUGA